GUGAGUACCAAUGGGUGCUUGCGGCAGGGUAUAUUGCUUGCGGUGCUUGCAUAUAGGUGCUUGGGGUGCUUGUCAACUAGUAGCAACAAUUGCUCGUAACACUGCUUCCUGUUGAUUGUAGUUACCUAUAAUUUGGAAUUACGUUCACCGUGAUUCCCCGUUAGUGUUAUAGCUCACCAUUGCUAGUUGUUGUCUUUUAGUCCGUGCCAAGGUGCUGAGGUCAUGCUUCUUUAGCUCGACCUGUUUGUUUUUUUGCUAGUGGUCGUCAUGGCAGGGCGCCACUCGCGGAAGAGUGACUCGGACUCAGACUCUAGUCAGUCACCGUCUCCGAAGCACUCCGGCUCGUCACGACGCACCGCCGGUCGGUCUCGCCACUCCUCUGCCAGCUCUGGUUCAGACUCUGACUCUGACUCCUCUGGUGACCGGCGGCCGACGGAGCGGCGACGAGACGGCGACUCGGCCAAGCGAGGAUCGUCGCGACGUUCGCGCUCGCCGGUCCGUCGUGAUCGACGCAGUCUCUCCCGUGACCGGCACGCCAAGCACGGCGACAAGGAUCGGUCGCGUCGGCACGGCGAUGACCGUGAUUCGCGACGGUCGGACUCCCAUCGCCGAGAGAACGGUAGUGAUCGGAAGGAUAGGGAGGAACGUGGUGAUAGGAGGGACCGCGAUGAUCGAAAGGAGCGGAGUGAUCGACACGAGCGUGAUCGUGGGGACCGCAAAGAUCGCGAACGUGAUCGUAGUGGCAAAUAUGAUCGUGAGGACCGGAAAGAUCGAAGUGAUCGGAAGGACCGGGGUGAGCGUGAAAACCGGAAAGAUCGCAGUGAGAGAGAUGAUAAGAAAGAACGGAGUGAGCGAGAUGAUAGAAAAGAUCGGCGUGAACGGGACGAUCGGAAAAACCGACACGAUCGCAGCGAUCGCAAAGACCGCGGUGACCGUAAUGGGCACGAACGCAGUGACCGAGCUGACCGCGAGGUCAGGUCACGUGAGGUGAACGGUGAGCACGCCAAGCGCGGCCACCGCAGCGCGUCUCGCGAGGGGGGCAGUCGGACUUCACACCGGCGGAGUCGGUCUCGCGAGCGGGACCGAUCGCCGCACCGCCGCGAGGGGACCGUCCCGAAGCACGGGUCACACCACCGGCAGUCCAGUCCCCCGGCUGACGGCGACACCAAGCGGCGGUCAGGCGAGGCGAAACAUUCGAUCAACGACGACAGGUGGCAGCACCGUUCGCCGUCGCCGCAGCAGCCGGGCGAGUGGAGCUGGGGCCCGCGGGUGCAGCCGGACCGCCGCCGGCCGCCGCCGCCCGCAGACUUCUUCUCUGAGAGGCGCGAGCAGAGGAUACGAAUCAGCGAGCGGGGAGUGCCCGAGGCCUGGGGCCGCUCCCCGCCCCGGGAGGAGGCCGAGAUAGACUCGGAUCUAAAUAGUCCGAAGCCGGAGCCGGAGUCAGGUUCAUCUGACGAAGAGGCGGAAAAGGUGAAGAAAAAGAAGGCGAAGAAGGAGAAGAAAGCUAAGAAAGACAAGAAGAAGAAGAAGAAGCGAAAGAAGAAAAAGAAGAAGGCCUCGUCCUCGUCCUCUAGUGAAUCAGAGAUAGAGGAGGGCCAAUGGGUAGAGAUAGGAGCGUCGGUAUCCGGCACCGGAGAGGGCGCGUCGGCGGGUGUCGAUGAUGAUGCGUUCGGACCCAUGCCCAAGGAGAAGGUGCAGCUGUCCAAGAAGGAGAUGGGACAGGCCCUGCUGCCUGGAGAAGGUGCGGCCAUGGCGGCGUUCGUGGCCGAGGGUAAGCGCAUCCCGCGCCGAGGAGAGAUCGGCCUGACCAGCGAGGAGAUCGCCUCCUUCGAGGCCAAGGGAUACGUCAUGAGCGGCAGCAGACAUCGUCGCAUGGAGGCUGUGCGCAUGCGUAAGGAGAACCAGAUCUACUCGGCCGACGAGAAGCGUGCGCUACAAAUGUUCAACAAGGAGGAGAGACAGAAGCGCGAGAACAAAAUCCUAGGUCAGUUCAAGGAGAUGAUCAGUAAUAAGCUGCAGAAAAAGUAGCAGCCGACGCGGUCGACCCGCCGGGUUAAUGUGUGGUUCACGCCUAUCUGCGCCAUAAUGAAGAUGCAGUCGACAGUGUGACGGGUUUUUGUUGUCUCGGCGCCUGUGUGUACCCAGUGCGCGGCUGUCUUGUGAGACCGGUCGCUCUGGCGCGCGCCGUGUGAUGGUGAAUGUGGGGUACCAGGGGCGCCCUCUGUUGUGUCAGCGUCCGGCGGCCGCGGCAGGGUCGUCGCGCCGUGCGCCACCCAUGGUAGCGAUUUUAGCUACCAGUGUGCUCCGCUGCAGUGGUGCUGCAUGGUGAGCUGAGGAUUGUUUUUAGAGUCGCCAGAUGUGCUGAGAACUCUCGGCCGAUCUCGUGAGGACGUGACGUCAUUAUUUGACGUCGCCAAUGAAAUGUGACCGGUGUGGUGAGGGACGUGUAGGUAUGGAUUUUAUCCGUCACAACCGGCACUAAUACAAACCUUCACACCA